AGCCAGCUGUCGCGCCACGCCAUGGACCACUACCUGCGCGAGCGCGGCGACAUGGUUCUAGUCAUCCUGCACGCCAAGGUCGCCCAGAAGUCAUGGGGAAACAAGAAGUGGUUCAUCUGCCCACCUCCGUGCGUCUACCUGCUUGGGGACGGCUGGCAGCGCAGACGGGACCAACUGCUUCGUGCGGGGGAGAGCGAGGAGGGCGCCCAGCUGCGCGCCUUCAUAGGCAUCGACCACUCGGGCCACGAUAUUCAGCAGCUGGACUUUGGCGACAAGAACUACUCUACCACGAGGACGCUGUUCAUCAGCGGCUCGGACAAGCGCAACCAGUUCAUGCUUCACGUCAAUCUGUUUUAUGGCAAUGGUGAGUCCGUGGGCGCGUUCCAGAGCAAGCGCAUCAUGGUGAUCUCUCAGCAGAGCACGAAGAAGCACUUGCUGAACAACGCUGACCUAUGCAUCGCCUCGGGCACCUGGGUGGCGCUCUUUAACCGGCAGAGCUUGAGCACAGUGAACAUGCGCUUCCUGCACGUCGAUGGCGGAAACUUCUACGCCAGCUCGAGCCAGUGGGGCGCCUUCUCCAUCCACCUGCUGGACGACAAGGCCGAGGUGCGCCACGGAUACAUCCACUACGGCUCGAUUGUCAAGCUGGUGUGCUCGGUGACCGGCAUCACACUUCCACCUCUCAUCAUUCGCAAGGUAGACAACCAGAACGUCUUCCUUGACGCCGAUGAGGCGGUGUUGCAGCUACAGAAGUGCGCCUUCUACAUGAAGGACACCGAGCGCAUGUACCUGUGCGUGUCUCAGGAGAACAUCAUCCAGUUCCAGGCAACCCCGUGUUGCAAAGACGUCAAAAGGGACCUGAUCGACGACGGCGCCUCGUGGACCAUCGUCAGCACAGAUAAGGCCGAGUACAGGUUCUUCAAGGGUGCCGGACCCACACGCGGACCCGUGACGCCUGUGCCGGUCGUGAACAGCCUGCACCUGAAUGGUGGCGGUGACGUGACCAUGCUCGAGAUCGCUGGCGAGAACUUCACGGCCAACCUGCGCGUCUGGUUAGGCAACGUCGAAGUCGAGACAAUAUACCGGAGUGCCGAGUGCCUUCUCUGCGCGUUGCCCGAUAUUUCGACGUUCCGCGAGGGCUGGCAGGGGAUGUGCUCGUCCACCCAGAUGCCCAUCUCCUUGGUACGCUCUGAUGGCGUCAUCUACGCGACGGAACUUACCUUCACCUACACACCCGAGCCCGGGCUGUCCGUCUCCGCCCCGAUGCAUGAGAUCCUGAAGCACGCAAAUGCACGCACCCACCCGCCGGCACCCGAGGACCACGGCAUGAUGGCGCAGAAUUACGGAUACGCCAUUGGUUCCUACCCGCACCACCAAGACACGCCGUGA